CAAGUUUUUUUAUGAUCGUUUGAUUGGCGAAGAAAAGUAAAGAUUAAAAAAAAAAGGCAAAAGAGAUAACAGAAGAAGCAGAUCUCUGACAUCUCCCGACCGAUUUAGAUCCAUUUCUGUGUUUCUUUGUUUCAUACACACACACGAUGAGAUGAGAUGACAUGAACGAAGCAAAAACUGGUUAGUUUCUUCCCACCGAUUCAUACUCUCUCCCGAACCGGCCAUGCGUCUGCAACCACCUCAUCUAAUAUGUUACUUCAUCUUAUCCUUCCUCCAACCUUUCUUAUUGCUCGUUCUCGCCGGAACUAACCCUUCCGUUACUCCAAUCAACUGGGAUCUCUACCACUCCAGUGAUGAUUUAAUAGACGAGAUACAUGCUUUAGUACAUCGCCAUCCAGAUAAGCUUUCGAUUGAGACGAUUAAAUCUGGAAACAAGGGAUACAAUGCCGAGGUCAACGUGGUUACUUAUGGUCGGAGUGGAAAAGAGAGUGAUGAUAGAUCAAACUUUAGAAUCCUUCUUACUUUUGGGCAGCAUGGGAGAGAGCUUAUCACCUCUGAACUUGCCUUUCGGAUUUUGUCCAUUCUUAGUGAAGAACAGUUCUUACCUAACAAGAACGGAGCAGCCCUCAACAACACCCUAGACAAGCUUGUCAUUAAGCUGGUUCCAAUGGAAAACUUUAAUGGGCGUAAACUUGUUGAAGCUGGAGAUCUUUGUGACCGCAGAAAUGGAAGAGGAGUUGACUUGAACAGAAAUUGGGGCGUUGACUGGGGCAAGAAAGAAAAGGACUAUGAUCCAUAUGAAGAGAAUCCUGGAACUGGUCCGUUUAGUGAGCCUGAAACUCAAAUAAUGCGGAAGCUAGCUAUCUCAUUUGAUCCUCACAUCUGGAUAAACGUGCAUUCUGGAAUGGAGGCUCUAUUUAUGCCAUAUGACCACAAAAACGUAACCCCCGAAGGAUUGCCAUCUCAGAAGAUGAGGUCCUUACUAGAACAAGUGAAUAAACUUCAUUGCCAGAACCGAUGCAUGAUUGGAUCUGGAGGAGGCUCUGUUGGGUACCUGGCACAUGGUACAGCUACAGAUUAUAUCUAUGAUGUUGUAAGGACACCAAUGGCUUUCACCUUUGAGAUAUAUGGGGACAACCAGACUUCUUCAAGAGAUUGCUUUAAAAUGUUCAACCCUGUUGAUCUACCCAGUUUCAAGAGACUUCUCAACGACUGGUCUGCUGCCUUCUUCACAAUUUUCAAACUGGCACCGUUUCAGUUAGACCAAAACAGCACCAAGGCUGCAGAGAAAUGGGUGUCCAUAGAUGAGUAUUUGGACGGUUAUUUGUUGGAAAGGAAGAACAGAUAUGGGAAGAAUAGGGAAGUGAUCGAUGUCGGAAUGCAGGAGAUUAAAACUUACUUCAGGCUCUUCUUACUGUCCUCGGUACUUCUGAUGUUCAUGUUCUGUUCUAGAAUUGCCAAGAGCAAGUAUAGUAGAAACCCCAUACCUGUCAUGCAAUGAAAAUUAUUGGAGGAAAGUCUCUCAUCACCCAGUUAACCCUUGUAAGUUAGUUAAUUUUUUGUUGGUUUGCAAAACUUGUAUUCCUAAUUUAUGUGCUGCAGUUUUAGGAAUGGUGUGUCACAUGAUAAUUCUUUGGAUUUGAGAUUUGAUUAUAUGAGAUUCGGUUUAGAAUUUUCAGCUUAAUCCUAACUAAUUUGAUCUGCAAAAGAUAUAAUAUUUGUACAGUUUCAAUCUUUA